GAUUAAUUGACCCCGACACGGAGGGCGAGACUGGACGUGCGGCAGUGCAGCACCCGAGGCCGUGGCGUGAGGAGGAAGCGGACAGCUGCUGCGUCUCGUAAGCGGUGCCGAGAAGACGAGAAAAACAUGGAGGAAGAGAAGGUCCUGCCCGUCAUCGACCUGAGCCUGGCCAAGGGUCCCACGCGGGCCGGCCUGGUGAAGGAGCUGCACCAGGCGCUCACCACCGUGGGCUUCAUCUACCUCAAGAACGUGGACGGCUAUGACGAGGAGGCGCUGCUGCGGCACUCCAAGUGGUUCUUCAGCCUGCCGAUGGAGCAGAGGAUGGCCAUCUCCAAGAAGUCUUUCAACCCGAAGUGCAGCAACGAGUACCGCGGAUAUUUCCCGGUCAUCCCCGGCGCCGUGUCCCACAAGGAAGCCUUCGAGAUCGGGUCGAAGCAGGGGAAGCCGAAGGAGGAACUCAUAUCGCUGGAGGAGAAAUUCAUCCUCGAGGACAACCAAUGGCCCUUAGAGGACUCCGAGGAGGGCAGGAACUUCAGGGCAUGGAUGGAGGUCUACCACGAGAAGAUGACCGAGGCUUCGCGGGAGUUGCUGAGCCUGAUUGCGGAGGGUUACAACGCCCCCAGCGACUUCUACACCGACAUCUUCAGGGACCCGCAUCUCUCCACGCUCCGGCUCAUCCGCUAUCCAGCCAGACCCAACCCGCCAGAUGAAGCCCGUGACGGUGACGCGGUGAUCCAGACGGCCGAGCACCAGGACACCACCAUGGUCACGCUGCUGGCUACCUUCGCCGAGUACCCGGGGCUGCAGGUUCGCUGGUGGAAGGACGACUCUAUCAUCGACGUGGCGCACAAACCCGGACACCUCGUCAUGAACAUCGGCGAGCUGCUCUCCUACACCAGUGGCGGAGCUCUCAAGGCUACCAGACACCGCGUGAUCGACUGCUGUGGUGAUAGGCUGUCCGUCCCAUUCUUCCUGGAGCCACGGUUCCACGCCAACGUGAACGUGGUCCUGCCGGGGUGCGAGCAGAGGGAGAGUCAGCCCAAGUACUACGGUCCCUGGCUCUUGGAGGGGAUCUGCAAGUGGGCCGAAUACAAGGAUCUCUGCAGGCGAAUCGAAAAAGAGACCGCGAAGACACUGUAGAAGGGAGAAGAAGAUGAGGAUGAAGUGAUGAUGUGGAAGAAAUAGAUAGGAGGAAGGAGAAGAGGAGCAAGAGGAUAAAUGAUGAUGAUAUAAGGAUAGGGACGAUGCUGUAAGGAAGAAGAGGGGGAGAGUUGAUGAUGGAGAGGCUGUAAGGAAAGGGAAGAAGAGGAAGAGGAAGAUAAUAGGGUGGUAGUUGAGAAGUAAUAGCAGGGAGAAGAUUCGAGAAAGAGGAUGAGAAAUUGUGAAGAGGGAAAGAGGAAGAGGAGCAAGAGGAGGAAGAGGAGAAAACUGUGUUAAUAGAGAGGAUAUACUACACUAAAGAGGAAGUAUAUAGGAAGAGAAAGCAGAGGAGGAGGUGGAAAUAGAAGCAAUGUAAGAAGCUCAUUGGAGAAAUAGGUAGAUAGCAGAGACAGGUGAAUAAAUGUAGGAGGAAGAUAAUAACAAGAGUAUAUAUAAGGAGAGAGAGACAGCAAUGGAGGAAAGAAGAAGGGAGUGUGAAGGUGGAGGUGUGAGGUUAAAUGUGAAAAAAACGAAUAAACUACCAAUAAAAAUAAAAAUGAAAAUAAUAAUAAUAAUAAUAAUAAUAAGAGUGUAUAGUCAGUCUCGAACUAGAUAUUUCCAGGUUAACAAUCAGAUAAUUAAGAUAAGAUAAAGAUGAUGAAAUGACGGGUAAUGAUGAUGAUGAUGAUGAAGAAGAUGAAACAGGUAAUUAUAAUGAUUUUGAUAUCGUAGCAAGCGAUGAUGAUGAUGAAGUUUAUGUAAUUAUUUUAACAUGUGCGUUAAGAUAAAAAAAUAAAUUGUAAAACUUUAAAUAAAAAAUGUGGGAGAAAAAAGUUACGUUGUGAGAAAGACGUUAUCUCUCUCUCUCUCUCUCUCUCUCUCUCUCUCUCUCUCUCUCUCUCUCUCUCUCUCUCUCUCGUUAUUACUGAUUUUUCUCUCUCAAUUUCUCUCUUCAGGAAUAUACUAUUAUAUAAAAGCCAGAAAAAAUACUUCUAAAAUAUUUAUACAGUUUCCAUUCAUUUAUUAUUCGAAGAGACAAAUACCUUCUUUUUUCCAUGCAGUAAACUAUAUAAUAGGAACAUACUAAUAAAAAAUUCAAUUGCUAUAAAAAUAAAACAUUAGAUUCCACAUGUUCGAGGAUGCAAAAAAACGAAUGAAAGCGAAUGACAAACAAAAACAUUCUUCGUCUUUUUUCUUCUUCUUAGGACCUGCAUCGCUUUGUAUCGCUUCCUAGGUCCUCCUCCUCCUCCUCCUCUUGGUCCUCUCUUCUGCUUAUUCACGCACUUCGCUUUCCAAUGUCAUUAUAUUAUAGAUCUUUCCUCACUAUAAUACACCAUCGCACUAUAAAAAAAAUUUCAGUUUUAUUGCCUGAAUCACUAUAGUUAAAGAGGGAGCAGAGAGCAAGAGAUAGUAGGUUAUGUAGCGGUAGGUUAGAUGUAGUAAACAACAGCCAAUGAACGACGCAGAGACUGUCACCCAAGCAAUGAUGCCAAGUACGCGAGUCCACCCCUGAAGGAUUUGGCCCGUCAGCUCUCGUGAAACCGACUAUAAUUAUCAAUCAUAUUACUUGGGCUUAUGCUGAUUCACGUAUUUUGCUUAUAGAUCUUUCCUCACUAUAAUAUACCAUCGAACUACAAUUUUCAGUUUUAUUGCCCGAAUCACUAAUUAUCAAUCAUAUUCCUUGGUCUUAUGCUGAUUCACGUAUUUUGCUUUUCAAUGGCAUUAUAUUAUAGAUCUUUCCUCACUAUAAUACACCAUCGAACUACAAUUUUCAGUUUUAUUGCCUGAAUCACUUAUAAUCCUAUUCCUUGGACGUACUAUGCUGAUUCCCUUUUUUUCUGCUUUCCAAUGGCAUAAAAUUAUAUUAUCUUCCUUUCCUACCAUCUCAGUACAAUAUUCAUAAUUUUAUUGCGCGAAUCACUUAUUUUCAAUCCUCUUCCUUGCACUUAUUCGAGCAUUUUUGCCAUUCAAUUUCCCAACACGGCUUUGGGAACACUUUUGGUACCUUUACAAUUCUUUCCGUUUCCUUUCUGCAGCCGUACAGACCCUAACGCCGUACACUAAGUAAAACAAAACAAAAGAGAAACGAUAAUAAAGCAGACGAGAAAAAGUAAGUUAAAGAAUCACAUCACAAGGACGCGAGCAGAGACAACAUUCACAGAGCACGUAGAAUUAGAUCCAUUUGUACCAUUUCCUUAAACUAGAGAGAAUUUCAGCGCGCGCACUGAGAAUGUUAACAAUGACGAAGAUAAAAUAUACAAGGGGAGGAGGAGGAGGAGGAUAAGGAGAUGAAGGAGAAAAUAAUAAAAGAAAAAGGAAAUUGAAAAGACGAAGAAAGAAGAAAAAAAGAAGAAAAGAGAAAGAAGAAAAGAAGUAAAGAAAUCAUAUAAGAAAAUAAUACUAAGAAAAAUAAAAGAAAAUAAGAAAAGUAGAAAAAAGAAGAAGGAAGAAGAGAAAAAAUAACAAGAAAGACGAAAAAGAAGAAGAAAAGACGAAGAAAGGAAAAAGAAAAGAGAGGAAGAAGAGGAGGAAGAGGAGGAGAAGGAGGGAUAGGCUAUGAAUAUUCCGUGCGUGUGUAUGUGUGUGUGUCAGAGAGAGAGAGAGAGAGAGAGAGAGAGAGAGAGAGAGACUUUGAUCAGUAGUACCCAGGCUAUUGAAUUUGAUUGUCCUUAUGAGGAGUGGAACUUUCUGCUCAAGCCUACAACUUUUUCUUCGUUUUCUUCUUUUGUUUUCUUCUACGAAUUGUCUUUCCUUUGUUUUCUUUUACUUAUUAUCGUAUUUUUCUUCGGUUUUAUUUUAUUCAUUGUUUUUUUCUUUUUUUUUUCUGUUGUGUAAUAUUUUUCUUGUUCUCUCUCUCUCUCUCUCUCUCUCUCUCUCUCUCUCUCUCUCUCUCUCUCUCUCUCUCUCUCUCUCUCUCUCUCUCUCUCUUGCAGAUUUCUCUUCAUUUACAUAUGAAAUCUAUCUUUUUUUUUCACAUAAUUUCGCUUUUUACUUAACCAACAUUUUCUUUCUCUUAAAACUAAGUCGUCACACAUUUUGUAGUUUAAUAUUUUAGAGAGCGUUAUUAACAAACUCUUUUUUCAACACUUCUUCGUCCUUAAAAUUAUAUAACAUCACAGUUUUAGAGAGCGUUCAUAUCACACUCAUUUUUUUUUACCAUUUACCAUUUACAUUUUUUUUUAAUCUUUUAUAUAACACCGCUUUCUCCUCCUCCUCCUCCUUUUUCUUCUUACUCUUCUUCUCCUUUUCCUUUCUCUGCUUGUUCUUGUUCUUUUUUCUGCUUUUCGUCCUAUUUUCUUAUUUUCUUUUCAUUCUUUUCUUCUUCUCUUCUCUUUAAAAGUAUAACAUCACAAAUUCGAAACUAACUCAUUUUUACCCACUUCAGAACAUAUCCAACCCUAUCUAAACAGAAUCACAGCCCCUUCUACCCUUUUUACCUUCCUCAGAUCCCUUUAACCCCUUUCAGAUCAGAUCCAACUCUAUUUAAACAGCAUCACAACCCCUUCUACCCUUUUAACCCCUUCAGAGCGUAUACAACCUCAUCUAAACCGUAUUACAGUCCCCUCCAAACAAUAACAUCCCCUUCAGAACAAUCUUAACGCCCUCAGAUCCCUUUUACCCCCUUCAGAUCAGAUCCAACCCCAUCUAAACAGCAUCACAUCCCCUUCAGAGCAAUUCCUCGCUGCUUAUGAUUUCCGCGUCAGGCUCCAGUUCCUUCCCUCCCUUCUUGCCGCCCGGGAGAAUAUUCACAAGGGUAUCGCCACUUAGGUCGCGGGGGGGUGUUUCGUCGCCCUUCCCCUUCUCUUCCCCCUUCCCCUUCGUGGCGGGUCCCCCCUUCACGUAGGCUGCCAAGUGCUGGGUUUUGGGUCCUGAAGGGGUCGGUGAAGGGGUCGAUGAAGGGGUCGGUGAAGGGGUCGAUGAAGGGGUCGGUGAAGGGGUCGGUGAAGGGGUCGUUGAAGGGGUCGAUGAAGGGGUCGGUGAAGGGGUCGAUGAAGGGGUUGGCGAAGGGGUUGUUGAACGGUCCUCUGUGGCUUCUCUCGCGCGUCUGGUAUCACUGUUGUGUUCGGUGAUGGUGUUGGUGAUCCUUCCAGCAUUGGUCUUUCGCUUCGAGUCCACCUGAGAUGUUGAUUUAUACAGGUGUUAGUUCUUUGUUUGUUUGUUUGUUUACGUGUGUGUGGUUUCAUGAAGUGGUUUGUCUGGUUUCUUUUGCUGUCUAAUUCUUUCUAUCCUUAUUCCUCUUUCUGUUUUUUUCUGUAUCUUUUUCCUCCUUUUUUCCCUAUUUUGUGUUGGUUUAGUGAAGUGUUUUUUUUUCUGUCUAACUCUUUGUCUUUUCCUCUUUGUUUUUUUUUGUAUCUAUCUUCUUUUAUUUAUUAUGUGCGGGUUUAAUUAAGUGGUUUCGUUUCUUUUGCUGUCUAACUCUCUCUUUCUCUUCCUCUAUUUUUUCUCUACAUCUUCCUCCUCCUUUUUUUCAUUUUCUUGGUUAAGUGAAUUUGUUUGGUUUCUUUUGCUGUCUACCUCUUUAUUUUUCUCUAUUUCUCUAUAUCUUCCUCCUUCUUUUCUUUUAUUAUGUGUUGUUCUAGUGUGGUGGUCUGAUUUCGUUUGGUGUUAGGGGCAGACCAUCCCUCGUAGACCACAUGACAACUAUGGCUUGGAGUAUUUUUUUUAUGUUUAAGUGCACGGAAUUUUCCCUUCGUAUUACUUUAUUUCAUCAUCUUUAAAAGUUUCAUUCUCUUGAUCUUUAUUUUCCUUAAUUUAUUUCUAUGCAAGUCUAUGGAACUUUCUCUUCGUGUUGUAUUUUCCUCUUCCUUAUUUUCUUUUUUUUUACAUUAUUUUUCUACUUUGCAAUUCCCCCUACUUCAUCAUUUUCACUCUUUUCUACUUUUCCAUUUUCCUUGAUUUCUUUCUCAUCAUAAUCUUUUAUCUUUCUCUCUCUUACUUUUUCUUCAUUUUUUUCCUCAUAUUUAUCCUUCCUACUUCUAUUACAUACCAAACCUUUACUACUACUACUACUACUACUACUACCACUACUACCACUACUCCUACUACCAACAACAAUAACUAAUAAUAACACACAGUAAGAAAAUCAACUACAUCUUCGUCAUUUUAUUGGCCAAAAAAAAGCACAGGUAAGAUGCAAGCGUCACAGCCGGUCAGAAAGGCGCACAGGUGACCCCCCUUACACCCCCCCCCCCCCCUUUCUGGAGACUAUUGGAGGAGGAGGAGAAGGAGGAAGAAGAGGAGGAGGAGAAGGAGCGGACAAGGGAAACUAGGGAACAGAAGUGGGAAGAGGAGAAAGAGGAGGAGGAAGAGAAGAAAAUGAAAGAAGAGGAAGAAGAGGAGGAUAAUAAAUGAAUACACAAAAGACAGAAAAAGCAAACUAAAUGUAUUGCUUAAAAUAAUAAAAAAGACAAAUAAACAAAAUAAAAGAUAAAAGACAAAAAAAAUGGAAAAAA